AUGCCACCCGAAAGCGACACGGUUAUUGACUAUACCACUAAAGAAGUGGUAUCAGGUCCGGAGCUCAGCGCUGAGGAAAACAAUAACACAACUCCUGAUGAUUUCAUGCUGCUCCAACAACAACCACCAAGUGGAGCUUCUUCGCACUACACCCCAGUCGAUCCAGUAAAAGACGUCCUUAACGGUUAUGAUCAUUCGGGAUCAUCAUCAUCUACUACCGGUGGCCUCUUUGGUGUAUCACCGUCAGCAGCGACAGUCGAUUUUCUCAAGGACGGGAGAUCGAGUGACAUACCACCCAGUAGUAUGUUUGAGGAUAGUCGUGUUAUGACGAGUCCUGUUGCGGACCUCUCGUGGCUGGGCUCCAAGCCAGCGACUUACAACCAGGAAUUGCCAACUCAACGGUUGUCGAGUACAGCGCAACGGUUGGUUUCACCACCCGAGUUGACAUAUCCUCCUAUGGGAGAUCCUCUAUUCUCGACAGUGCGAAGCGCAUUAGAUGGUAUGGGAACUCCACAAGAGGCGGCUGGUUACGGCGGCUUUGCGUCGCGUAUUGGGAGUCAGCGUCCUCGGCCGGUGAAUCUUCAUCAACAGCAGAAGCAGCAACAAGCGUCAAAUAUUUUGGAUAAAAAGGUGCAAGAGGAGCACGAUCGUUUAAUCGCUGAGCGAAUGCAGGCCGAGCUGGAUCGAGAAUAUGAAGAACGUUUAACCUCAGCCCCUCUCCCGUGCGAGGCGGUUCAGCACAAACAAAAGAAAAAAGAGAAGAAAAUGGGGAAAAUGCCCAAGGCGGUAAAAGCUGUGAAAGCUUCAUCUGCGUCCUCUACUCCUUGGGGGUCUCCUCCUAAAAACGAAGAGGUUAAUAAUAACGGUAACGCGAGUGCAGAGGAGGACUUAGCACACGAGAUGGCAGCACAUGGUAUAGUGUUGAAGAAAGCUAAAGUGAAGUCGCAUAAAAAUGGCCGUCAACAGAAUCAAAAGGUCAUUCCAGUGGGGAGAAAAUAAUAGUCGGUUAAGGCAGGGGAGAGUAAAGAGAGAGAUGUGGUAUCUUGUGAUUUACUCAGCCGUAGAUGAUCGUAGGAUGGUAUCUUUACGCACAGCGAAGAUUUUCAUACCUUUUUUCGGAUACCCAGUUGGAAAUUCUUCCGCGUGCGCAAAGAUAUGCUGAUGUUGAUUGUGAUUAUCUGCCAUUCCGGUGUUGUCACUAAGUGUCCCCUAAGUACUCUCUCCUCAUCAUCCUCCUCGUUGUUG